GCGGCGGCAACUGAUGCUUCUGGCCGGAGCCCCUCGAAAAAAACUUGAGCAAAGCCUUUUCCUUUUAAUUCCCCCUCCCAGUCGUCUUUUUGUCUCCAACUGGAACCCCCGCAGGGUAAAGGGAGCACCCGGGUUGUUUUAACGUCCAUUUUGUGUCACGCUCGGCAGGGCGCAGGUGCGUGAAAACUGGGACAAUUGGCGUGUACUUUGACGACGGAUGGCUGCGGCUCCCUCGACGAGUGCCUCUUGGCGGGAUGCAACGUGCUCGUCUGAGUGCUUUUGAAGACUUUGAAGAACGAGGAUGAGAAAGGAUGCACUUUUUGAGUGAUUCCGCAAAACAGGACGACUGGGUGAUGUAACAAGCAUGAAGCCCAAUCUGAAAGGAAUUAUGAUGCGCCUUCCAUUUCUUUUCCGCCGUAUUUGCUUUCUGCUCACCUUCCCCUUCCCGACAUUGCGUGGCCAAUUACUGCCUGAGGCGAGGGCCGGCCAAGGCCUGCUGCUUUUCACCCAGCCCGCUUACAACGCUUCCAUCUUUGAGAACUCUGCUGCCAGGACCUAUGUCGGAAGCCGGGUCAAAAUGGGCAUCGUCCUGGGUCGAUCGUUUGAUGUCAAGUUCUCUAUCGAGUCUGGCAACGCCGAUGGAAUUUUCCAGGCGGAGGACUUUCCGUUGGGGGAUUUCUGCUUCCUCCGCAUACGAACCAACACCGGUGCCAUGCUGAACCGGGAAGUGCAAGACAAUUAUACUCUGACGGUGAAGGCGUCUGCCCAAGGAGGCCUGGAGGCACUGGCCACUGUCUACAUCAACAUUCUGGACACUAACGACCUCCGUCCUCUCUUCUCCCCGACCAGCUAUUCAUUUUUGGUGUCCGAAAGCACUCCCCUGGGCGCCAGCAUCGGCCAAGUGACGGCCACAGAUGCCGACGUCGGCUCCAACGGUGAGUUUUACUACUUCUUUAAGAGCAAAGAGGACCUCUUCGCCAUGCACCCGACGAGCGGCGUGGUCACACUGACCGGCCGGCCCAGCAAGAGCGAGGACCGCUUUGAGCUUGAGGUGCAGGUAGUGGACAGAGGGAUGAAGCUCUACGGUAGCAAUGACAUCAGCAGCACGGCCCGGUUGGUGGUGAGCGUGACGCAAAGAAAUGAGUUUGCGCCUGUCCUCAGGGCGGUUGCCAUCAUCCCAUCGUGGAGCGAGCAAAACCCAGUCUUUGCCAAAGUGAUGGUGGAGGAUAAAGAUGAGGGGGUGGGUGGGUACAUAGAGUCGGUGUCCAUCAUUGACGGUGACCCACUUGAACAGUUUGCAAUUGAUCGGUCGCCACUCGCUGCAAAUGAGUAUUGGGUCAGAGCGUCAGAGCAGGUCGACUGGGACAAAUAUCCCUAUGGUUGUAACUUAACCUUCCAGGCUAAAGACAGGGGCAUCCCUCCUAAAUUCUCUAAUACUCAAUCGCUUCAGCUGUUGGUCACGAAGCCCAAACCGACACUGGGGAGUUUCGAGAAAGACGUUUAUGAAGUGGUGCUGAGUGAAAUUGCUCCCCCGGGCACUGUUGUGGAGGUGCUGAGAAUCUUCCCAGCUCCCGCGAGUGUCAAUUACAGCUUUUGCAGCUUCUCAGAACUAAUGUACUUUGAUAUCAAUCCGUCGACCGGCGUUAUUAUGACCUCAAGGCUGCUGACAAGGAUAUCACAGAUUUUCAUGGAGAUGGAAGUGUUAGAGGCUGUCAGCCGGCUGAGAGCAAAGGUCCGGAUCACCGUGGAGGAUGCUAAUGACAACUCUCCAGUGUUCAGCCGGCCGUUUUAUGUCGUUUCCAUCAAUGAAAGCUUGGCCGUCGGCACUGUCGUUCUCAUUGUGUCAGCGGUGGAUGAAGACAAAGGAGAGAACGGCUAUAUCACGCAUACAAUUAUCAGCGAGCCGUCGCUUCCUUUUACCGUGGAUCAAGACACGGGGGAGCUUAUGAUCACGCGAGACCUGGACUUUGAGUCGUCAGAGGAAGUUUACACAUUCGUCGUCCGAGCCUCGGACUGGGGUUCACCCUACAGAAGGGAGAGUGAGGUCAAUGUAACGGUCCGUUUGAUAAAUAUAAAUGACAACCCGCCUAUCUUCGAGAGAGUCUCCUGCAGAGGGAUGAUUGGCCGGGAUUUCCCCGUUGGCCAGACCAUUGUCACACUAUCGGCCGUGGACAUGGAUGAACUCGGAAUGGUCAAAUAUGAGGUGGUCUCCGGCAACGAGAUGAACUACUUAAGUAUAAACCCAGAGUCUGGUGCCUUGUCGCUGAAGAGAUCAUUAGUGGGGGCCAAUUUAAAAAGCGGGAUGUUCAACUUGAAAGUCAUCGCCACAGAUGGGGAGAUGUCGUCCGAGCCCAUGUUUGUGAAUAUAUCUGUCGUGAGAGGUUCAGUACCGCCCCGGGGGCUUAGCUGCAAGGACACCCAGGUGGCCCAGUUGAUGGCGGAGAAAAUGCUCUCGAAGGCCUCGGCAAUGGCUCGAGUGAGACAAGAUGACAGGAUUCCAGAUGUCUUCUCUGUAAACAAACAAGCGCCGCAGUUCGAAGCUUUGCCCACAAGUAUUCUGGUCCGGGAAGACCUUCCACCCGGAGCCAGUGUCUUCCAGGUGAGGGCAAGGGACAGCGACACUGGGUUUAAUGGUCGCCUUCUGUUUUCCGUAUCUGACAGCAGCAAAGAAAACUGUUUAACCGUGGGCAUGGAGAGCGGCUUGCUGACCAUCCUGCGGCCGCUGGAUCGAGAGCGGACUGACCGUUACUUUCUUAACAUCACCGUCUACGACCAAGGUGUUCCUCAGAUGUCCAACUGGAGGAUCUUGACCGUUAUCGUGGAGGACGCCAACGACAAUGACCCACAGUUUACCCAGGACGCCUUCACCGCUUUGGUCGCUGAAAACACCCCACUGGGUACGCAGGUGGUCACCGUGUCUGCCUUUGACAAAGACGCCGGGCAGAACGCGCAGUUGUCCUACCUUUUGCUGACGGCCGUCCCUCAGUUCGGCAUCGACAGCGAGACCGGUAGCAUAUUCGUGGCCGCGCAACUAGACCGAGAGAUCGUUCCAGCUUUCACGCUGAGGAUCGAGGCCAAAGACAAGGCCGAAAGAGGCAACAGGAGAUCGUCAGUGACCACGUUGAACAUAAUUGUGGAAGAUGUCAAUGAUUGCGCCCCGUCCUUCAUCCCGAGCUCUUAUAGUGCUCGGGUGCUGGAGGACCUCCCACCUGGGGCUGUCAUUACGUGGGUGCAGGCCAGGGACUCGGACCUUGGGCCCGGUGGACAAGUCCGGUUCUCGCUACUCAAUGACUUCAACAGUGCUUUUGAGAUGGAUGCUGCUAGUGGCGUAUUGCGGAUCAGGAAGGAACUCGACUUUGAGACGCAGCCAUUCUAUAAUCUAACUUUGCUUGCCGAGGACCGAGGAACACCCACCCUCAGCAGCCUGACCUAUGUGGAGGUGGAGUUAACUUGGUUCCAGGUGGUGGACGUCAAUGAGAAUUUGUACGCCCCCUACUUUGCCGACUUUGCCGUGAGAGGCUCAGUGAAGGAGAACUCACGGGCGGGCACCAGCGUGUUGGGGGUGGACGCCAAGGACGACGACAGGGGGAGGGACGGCGCCUUGAAGUACUCCAUCCGAGGCGGCAGCGGGCUGGGCGCCUUCACCAUCGACGAAGACACAGGAGUGAUUUACACAGCGGGUGUCCUGGACUGCGAGAGCAAGGACUCCUAUUGGCUGACGGUGUACGCCACAGACAGAGGGGUCACGCCGCUGUCGGCUUCCGUCGAGGUCUUCAUCCAGGUGGAGGACGUGAACGACAACGCGCCUCUCACUUCCGACCCCAUCUACCACCCAUCAGUGAUGGAGAACUCCCCCAAGGACGUGUCGGUCAUCCGCAUUCAGGCGCAAGACCCCGACCUCACCGCCACGCCCAGCCGCCUCAGCUAUCGCAUCACUGCCGGAAACCCACAGAACUUCUUCUACAUCAACCCAAAGACAGGUUUGAUCACCACGACGGCGAGGAAGCUGGACCGAGAGCAGCAGUCUGAACACUUCCUGGAGGUGACGGUCAUCGACGGUCCGGUGACCACGCGUCAGUCCACCGUGUGGGUCAUUGUCCACGUAGAAGACGAAAACGACAACCCGCCAAUCUUCCCGGAGGUCACCUACCGCAUCCGGCUGCCCGAGCGCGACCGCAACCGGCGCGGCGAACCCGUCUAUCGGGUCUUUGCAUACGACCGUGACCUUGGUGCCAACGCCAACGUCACCUACAGCAUUGUGGACGGCAACCGGGACGAGACGUUUGGUGUGGACCCGCGCACCGCCAUGGUGGUGUCCAAGAAGGCGGUGAUAGCCGGGAGCUACCACGUCCUCACGAUCAAAGCAGAAGACGGCGGCGACCCACCCCUGUGGUCCACAGUCAAGCUCCACGUGGAGUGGAUCGUCCGGCCAACACCCUCCCCGCUGCCCCUGCUAUUCACCCAGCGUUGCUACAACUUCUCCGUGCCCGAGACGGCCUCCGUGACUCAGCCAGUCGGAGUGGUCGCUGUCAGCCAGUCUAACACCCCCGUUUGGUUCAACAUCGUGGGAGGACGCGUGGCCAGAGAAAUGUUCUACAUUCCGCAAAAUGCGUGUGGGAGGAACUGCUCUCUCGACACAGGUAGCUUCGAUAUGCAGUAUGACCUCCAAGUGGGCGUGGGCACCUUGGUGGUGGCGAAACCGCUGGACGCCGAGGUGCAGGCCUUCUACAACAUGACAGUGCAGGUGACGGACGGCACCAGUGUCGCCACCACUCAGGUAUACAUCCGGGUCCAGGACAGCAACGACAACCCUCCAGUCUUCCCGCAGCCGGCCUACGAUGUCAGCGUGUCUGAGGAAGUGGCGGUGGACACAGAGCUCCUGCGUCUGCGUGCGUCAGACAUGGAUGAGCGUAGCCGCCUAAGCUUUUCCAUUUACGGCAGCGUGGACCCAGCUAGCAUGCGGUUGUUCAGAGUCAACCCAGGAACAGGGGCGGUGCACACGGCUGACCUGCUGGACUACGAGGCCAGGACGCAGCACAUACUCACUGUGAUGGUCAAGGACCAGGAGUUUCCAUACAACCGGGACCUGGCCAGGAUCCUCGUGGCAGUAGAGGACGCCAACGAUAACGUACCCUACUUCACCAGCACCAAUUAUGACGCUGUCGCAUAUGAAUCAUUCCCCGUUGGUACCUCGGUCAUGCAAGUCACUGCACUGGACAAGGACAAUGGGAUCAAUGGACAACUAACCUACUCUAUACAAGCAGGCAACACGGGCGGUAUAUUCGGCAUAAACAACAACACAGGUCUCAUCUUUAUCGCCAAGGACCUGGACUUAUCUUCUGUGGGUUUUUACACACUUACCGUGCGAGUCACGGAUGGCGGCUUUCCCCGACUAAUGGCAACCGCGUCCGCUCGUGUAUCCUUGACACUCUCUGACUUAUCCAAACCCAAAUUCUCACAGAAAGAGUACCAGGCCGAGAUCCUGGAAAACAGCACAGCUGGAACCCAUGUGGCCACCAUAAGUGCACUGAGUCGCUCAGCACUCAUUUAUGACAUUACCAGGGGCAACGAGGAAAAGUGCUUCUUUAUUAAUCACCACACUGGAGUCAUCAGCACGCGCAAACGCUUCGACUUUGAGAAAACCUCAUACUACUUCCUGAUGGUCCGCGCCUCCAGCAUGGCGGGCGCAGAGGCCAGCGUUGCCAUCACAGUCCAAGUGGGCGACGUCAAUGAUAACGCACCUGUAUUUCAGCAGCUAAGGUAUACGGGGACCAUCAGCGAGGCGGCUCCGGUUAACAGCGUUGUCCUAGGGGACGAUGGUGACCCGCUAGUCAUCCAGGCGACGGAUGCCGACCGCAAUCACAACGCCCUGCUGGUCUUUCAAAUCAUAGAUGAGACCGCUCGCAUGUUUUUCAGUGUUGACCCUGGGACCGGAUCAAUCCGGACAAUUGCCAGUGUGGAUUAUGAGACUUUCCCUGAGUUUGUCUUCAGGGUUCAUGUCCGAGACAGUGGACAGCCACCUAAAAGUGCCGAGAGUCCUGCUGAGGUGUUUAUCAAAGUGAUUAACAUCAAUGACUCGCCACCGACAUUCUCACAGGACAUGUAUGAGAGCAUUCUCCUGCUACCCACCUACGUGGGAGUGGAGGUCCUCCGCGUAGAUGCCUUCGACCCUGACGAUACCUUGGGCCCUGCUAACAAAACACUCCAGCUAGUCUACUCGCUAGUGGACCGCAACCUGGAACAUUUCUCUGUAGAGCGCAGCAGUGGCGUGGUGACGGUCAUCAAUCAGAACCUCAGCAAGGAACGCUAUCGAUUCAACGUGAAGGUUUGGGACGGUCGUUUCUCCAGCGUGGCAUUGGUUACAGUGCUCAUCCGUCAAGCUGUCAGCAGCGGUCUCUCCUUCAUUGUCCCGUUUUACACCGCCACCGUACGGGAAAACACCCGCAACCUGAGCGUCCUGGCCGUAGUAAAUCCUGUCGGCCAGUUCCCAAAUGAGCCAUUGAAGUUCACGCUGCUCAACCCCGGCGGGCUCUUCACCGUAAGGCCCACCUGCGGUGCGUUGCUCACCGCUGGUGUCCCGUUUGACCGUGAAGAACGGGACAGCUAUGAAUUGGUGGUGGCAGUCCAAAGGGAGGAGGAAGUACUGAAGGUGGCAAGAGUGACUGUCCAAGUGCAGGUGGAAGAUGAUAAUGAUAACGCCCCUGAGUUUGUGAACCUCCCGUACUACGCCACAGUACAAGUGGAAGCAGAACCAGGCUCAUCUAUUUUUACGGUGACAGCUACUGACCGUGACUUGGGCAUGAAUGCUCAGGUGAUGUAUCGCCUCAAGGAACCGAACAGGAACUUUCAGGUGAACCCUGUGACAGGGGAGUUGACACUAAAGCGAGCCUUCGAAGCAGACUUGUCCAACGCGGAAUUCAAGUUGGUAGUCGUGGCUUCCGACGGCGGCAUCCCCUGUCUGUCCAGCGAGGUAGAGCUCCCGGUCAGCGUGCUGAACAAAGCCAUGCCGUUGUUCGACAAGCCCUUCUACGGCAUUACCGUGCCCGAGGACGUGGCCGUGUCCACCUCUCUGCUGAGCAUCAACGCCAGCAGCCCGACAGGGCAGCCCAUCAUCUUCACCCUGGCCGGCGGCGACCCAUUACAACAGUUUGACAUCGGUUUCGACACAGGAGUGGUCAGCGUACUCUACCCGCUGGACUACGAAACAGCGCCAUACUACCGCCUCGCCGCCAGGGCCACCGACACAUUGACGGGUGCCAGGUCCGAGGUGGAUGUGGAUGUGGUGGUGCUUGACGUCAACGACAACGCACCUACUUUCCAGAAGCAGGCGUACUUCGCCGUGCUGCCUGAGAAUGUCAUGAUCGGAACAAGUGUCCUACAGGUAUUUGCUCAAGAUCAAGACUCGGACAAGAACUCCAGAGUGAGCUACGAGAUCGUAUCAGACGUCUACAACAGCAGCGACUACUUCUUUAUAGAACGUGACAGCGGCCUGCUGUUGACGGCGCGGCUGUUGGACUACGAGCGCAUCCAGCGCUUUAACUUCAUAAUGCGGGCGACAGACGGUGGCGAGCCGGCGCUCAGCAGCGACGUAAGCGUCACGGUGACCGUCGCCGACACCAACGACAACCCGCCCGACUUCAGCCAGACGCUAUACGAGGCCUUCGUCAGCCAGUUGGCGCCUAGAGGACAUUUUGUGACCUGCGUUCAAGCCUCAGACGCGGACAUGGGCGACGCUCAGAGGCUCAGGUACAGCAUCCUGUCCGGUAACGAGCACAUGACGUUCUUCAUGGAGGCGGAGAGCGGCGUUCUGCGUCUGUCUAACAAGAGGCGACAGAGCAUGAAGCUUUCAUAUCAGCUUAAUGUGUCCGUGUCUGACGGCGUCUUCACCAACACGGCUCAGGUGGUGGUUUAUGUGCUGGGAGCUAACCUGUACAGUCCAGUGUUCAGUCAGAGGUUUUACCUGGCUGAGGUUCCGGAGAAUGCACCACCUGGUUCAAAGGUCAUCCAGGUCCGUGCUACCGACGAGGAUUCGGGACUCUUUGGUCAGAUAACUUACUCCUUCAUCAACGACUUUGGAAAAAGUCGCUUCGCUGUGGACGCAGAUGGACUUAUUGCCACCACGCAGAGGCUAGAUCGAGAGGACCCUCUUAACAAAGAUAUCCUGCUCACCGUCAUGGCCCUGGAUGGCGGAGGCCGGGCGUCUUUCUGCACGGUUAGAGUGGUGCUGGCAGACGAGAACGACAAUGCCCCACGUUUCCGGGCGGUGGAGUACCGCAUGAGCAUCAAGGCCGACGUGGGCAAAGGCUCUCUGGUCACACAGAUCCAGGCUAGCGACCCCGAUGCCGGCGCCAACGGCAGGAUCGUCUAUUCUCUCUACAGCGAGGCUCGCUUGUCUCUCGUCGAUGUCCUUGAGGUGGAGUCGGACAGCGGCUGGAUGAUGACCAAGAGCUCGGUGGCACACCUUCAGGGAACGGUGCUGUCCUUCUUUGUCAAGGCCACAGACUGCGGCUCGCCAGCCAAACACUCGCUAGUGUCAGCCUUCGUCCACGUGCUGCCUCCCGCCGCCUUCAUUCCAUCCUUUAGCCAGCCUCAGUACUCCUUCACGGUCCCCGAAGACACGCCGGCUGGCACGGCUUUGGGCUCCGUCUACACUGGCCCGGGCCAGAGCGCCGCCUUCUCGAUUGUGGCCGGGGAGACGUCAGACAGCAACCGUGGCGGGACCUUCUUGGUGGAGGCCGACACGGGAAUUGUCCGCCUGGUCGAGCCACUCGACUACGAGCGCGUCCCUGUCUACCGCUUCAAGGUGGCCGCUGCCACCCGCAGGGACCUGAUCGAGGCCAUCACUAGCGUGGAUGUGGAAGUCAAGGUGCAGGACGUGAAUGACAACGAGCCGACGUUCGAGACGGAGACCUACGUGGCCACCGUCAUGGAGGGCAUGCCAGUCGGCACCAGGGUGGUCCAAGUGCGAGCGCAGGACCCCGACUGGGGCUCCAACGGUCAGGUCAUAUACAGCCUGGAAGAGUCACCGCCCGUGUUCGCCAUCGACAGCAAGACAGGCUGGAUCACCACCGCUGGUGCCAUGGACCACGAGGCACGCUCAAGCUACAGCUUCCGCGUGGUGGCGUCCGACCUGGGCGAAUCGAGAACUCUGCGGUCUGCCGCUGCUGUCACUGUGACUGUUUCGGACAUCAACGACAACCCGCCGCGCUUCCGGCGGGCGCUGUACCGUGGCGCCGUCAAGGAGAGUGACCCGCCCGGUGAGGUGGUGGCCGUACUCAAAACCCAGGACGAUGACGGGACUGACCAGAACCGCGUGGUCAGCUUCUACAUCACCGGCGGGAAUUCAGGCGGUGUUUUUGGUCUGGCGCUGGUACAGGGUGAGUGGAAGGUGUACGUGAGCGGGCCACUGGACCGCGAGCGUCAGGACCGUUACCAGCUCAACAUCACAGCCAGCGACGGCCUAUAUGUGGCCGGCGCCGCCGUAGAGGUCACUGUCAUGGAUGCCAACGACAACAGCCCCGUCUGCGACCAGGCGGUGUACAGCGCCUCGUUCCCCGAGGACAUGGCAGCCAACAAGGGCGUGCUGACGGUGGGCGCUUCCGACAUUGACUCGGGUUCCAGUGCCGAGAUCCAGUACUCACUAUUUGGCAUCGGAGUGGAGGACUUCUACAUGGACGCCAACACAGGCGAGCUACGCACAGUGGCGCCGUUAGAUCGCGAGAGCCGUCCCGCUUACAAGCUGAUUGCCCAGGCCACGGACGGCGGCGGGCUCUUCUGCCGCUGCGAGGUGUCGCUGAAGCUCCUGGACGUCAAUGACAAUGCGCCGGCCUUCGCGUCCUCUCGCUACGUUGCCAGUGUGUACGAGAACGCAGCGCCCAACACGCUACUGACACGGCUGCGGGCCACCGACUCGGACCAAGGCAUCAACCGAACAAUCGUCUACUCCCUGAUGGACUCAGCUAACGGCGUUUUUUCUAUCGACCCUGUAUCUGGGGUGGUGGUUCUGGAGAGACCCCUGGACCGAGAGAGCCAAGACUCGUAUCGGCUCCGCGUUCGGGCCACAGACCAAGCCGGCAUGCAGGGGGCGCUCUCCUCACAGGUGGAUUUAACCGUGCUGGUGCUGGACGUGAACGACAAUGCGCCAGUGUUCCAGCGGCGGGAGUACACGGUCACCGUGCCUGAAGAUGUUGCGGUGGGCACUGAAGUGCUGCGGGUUCUGGCCACCAGCGCUGAUAUUGGACCCAAUGCAGAGAUCUCCUAUCGGAUUCGAUCGGGCAACGAGAUGGCCAAAUUCUCCAUUGACAGGAACCUGGGCUCCAUUUUUGUGGUUGAUGAUCUCGACUUUGAGGUGUGCAAGGACUACUACCUGACGGUUGAGGCUUGGGACGGAGGGAGCCCGCCCCUCAGCGCCGCCACCAUGGUCACCGUCCAGCUGAUGGACAUCAACGACAACGCCCCGGCCUUCAGCCAGGACGUCUACAAUGUCCUGGUCAGCGAAGACGCGCCAGUCGGCCAGUCCAUAACCAGAGUGCUGGCAGAGGACCUGGACAGUCAAGUUAAUGGACGCAUCACCUAUUCCAUCCUGAAAGGUGACCGGAGCAACCAGUUCUGGAUCGACCCGGUGACAGGGCUCCUCAAGGUCAAUAAGCGUCUGGACCGGGAGCUGGUGUCGCGCUACGCUCUGUCGGUGCAGGCUUUCGACAGCGGUUCCCCCGCCAUGUCGUCGGCCGUCGCCAUCAACGUGGACGUUGCCGACGUCAACGACAACCCGCCUGUCUUCACUCCACCCAAUGCCACCGCUGUGGUCCAGCUGAGCCAAGCGUCCGGCAGUGUCCUGCUCCGUCUGUCUGUCAGCGACAAGGACUCCCCCAGAAACGGCCCACCAUUUGAGUUCAGCCUAGUUUCUGGGAACAAGGGUGGUUUCUUCACGCUGGACCAGAUGGGAACACUGAAGUCUGACCGAGAGUUCAGCCCUGAGUCCCCCAGGGAGUUUACUCUUGAGGUCCAGGCCAGAGACUCUGGCCGACCCCCUCUGGUGUCAUCCUCAUGGGUGUUUCUCCGGGUCAUUGGGAACAGUCAGUACAAGCCGGCUGUCUCACCCCUGGAAAUCUUUGUGGUGACGGCAACCGACACGUUCCAGGGCGGCCCGAUCGGUCGCAUCCACGCGACAGACCGCGACCCUAGCGAUGCGCUCUCCUUCACCCACAAGCCGCAGGAGAAGAGCAUGUUUCGCAUCAACAGGCAGGACGGCAGUGUGACAGCUCUACCGGGCCUCGAGCCGGGCAGGUAUCAAAUGAAUGCCACCGUGAGCGACGGGCGUUUUGCCGUGAUCGCUGACGUCUCGGUCCGAGUGGAACAAGUAACGGAUGUCCUGCUGCGUAGCGCCGUUGCCCUGAGGUUCCGCUCUCUGUCUCCUGAGGACCUGCUCGGCCGCUAUCUCAGCCAGAUCCGUCUGACGUUGCGGGCCCUCGCUGGCUGGAAAUGGUCGGCGGGACAACAGGACCCGCUUCACAUCCUCGGCUUGCAGCCAGUGGAGGGAACGUCCAACGUGGACCUCCUCGUAGCCAUCGAGAGGCCGGAAAUGUCUGGAGGUGGAGGUAACGGGCGGAUGGUGGGCUUUUACACGCCCCAGGAGGUGGCAGCCAAGUUACAGGAGGCUCAAAGACAGCUCCGCGGGGUCCUGGCUGGGGCAAUGGUGAUGGACGGCACCUGCUCUGGGGAGCUUGAGUGUGGCGAUAAGGUGUGUGAACAGAUGUUGGCCCUGGAGGCCGGCUCUCUACUGACAUACAGCACAGAGAGGGUCAGCUUGGUGUCGCUUCCGUUCAGACAAAUCGAAACCUGCACCUGCCCCCGUGGGGCUUGCCCAGCUUCUGUUGAGUUGUGUGAAGGUCAGUCAUGUCCUGCAGACAUGCAGUGCAUUCGCUCCGGCCCGACGGCCCCAUCUGUCUGCCAGUGUCUACCUGAGCGUGUGGAUGAGUGCGCUGGUGAAAGCGCUCUUAGUUUUUCUGGGAAGGGCUACAUCAAGUACAAAGUGACAGAGAGCAGUCAGGGUGGUGAGAUGAAGCUGGGCCUGAGGGUCCGCACGCUGCAGACCAGAGGGGUCAUCAUGUUCACUAGAGUCAACCCCUGCACAAUGCUGAAGAUUGAAGGUGGCCGUCUGUGGUUCCAGCUGGACUGUGACAACACACUGGGCAUCAUGGGAAUCUCUGGGCGUCAGAUCAACGACGGGCUAUGGCACGCCGUGGCCUUAGAGCUAACCAGCAACUACACCCUCCUUUCUUUGGACGAUAGCUACGUGGAGCGACGUCGAGCUGCCCGAGCCCCUGUCCGUUUUUGGCCGGUGGCUCCGGAAUCCUCCUUUUUCUUCGGUGCGCAAGUGAGGCCCCCUGGGGCGGGGAACCAGGCAGCGAGGGCCCAAGACGGCUUCCAGGGCUGCCUGAGCCGGCUGACGCUCAACGGCAGAGAGCUCCCGCUGCAGAAUAAGCGCAGUCGCUACGCAGAGAUUGCCGGGCUGAGUGAGGUAGAGCUGGGCUGCGUCCUCUACCCGGACCCCUGCGUCAGCACCCCCUGUCUUAAUGGAGCCAUGUGCACCAGCCUCCCCAUGGGAGGCUUUGGGUGCACUUGCGUCUAUGGCUUCACAGGGGAGCGCUGUGAGAUCCUAGUGACACCCUGCACACCAAACCCUUGCCAGGCCGGCGGCGAGUGCCAGGCCGUGGGAGGCGGCGGCUUCGUCUGUGGUUGCCCACCGGGACUGGGAGGGCUUAUAUGCGAUGAGGACGUGGACGAGUGCAAGCAGACCGACUGUGGAGACGGGGGUGAAUGCAUCAACACGCCAGGAUCCUUCUACUGCAACUGCACGCCGGGAUACGAGAAUGGGGAUUGUGUCGAGGGGGGCGGCAUAGACGACGACACACAGGCGGAGCCAUUAUCAUACGUCGGUCCGGGCGAAAUCAUUGGCAUCGGCGUCCUGGCCUUCGUCAUCGUCCUGCUCCUCAUCCUUUUCGCAAUCUUCCGAAAAAAGAUCCAGUUUCGGAAGGAGUCAGCGCCCCCAUCUGGUGCGGCGUCCGGCGGGGCUGUCGCGGCCAUUUCGGCGAUCACGGAGACAAGCUACAUGCUGCGCAAGACCGGCAUGGGCACGGAGGGCAUUGAGUUCAAGGCGGUGCGCGUGUCAGGCUCGCCGGCAAAUUUGAGCCCUGCCGACGAUGCCAGCGGGGAGGUUAGCGGCGGCCUGACUGGACCGCCUCAAGUGGCAGUGAGACCAAACCAGCACUCGCCUUUGUUGGGGUGCAGAUACGGGAGAGACGGGGCUGGAAGCAGGCUGAGCGGCUUCCUGUCCGACACGUGCAACACGCGGGGCAAGCGUAGGGGCGUGGCCGUGUGCAGUGUGGCGCCCACCAACCUGCCUCCGCAGUCACCCUGCCACCGCCUAAGACAGCACAGUCCCGUUCAUAAGGUUUCCUGGGAGGGCGGCGACACAGACACGGCGCCAGAAGCGAGGCGGCGGGACGAACGCGAAGAAGAAUGGAGUCAGAGAGCCUUUGAGAUGGAGCAGACGGAGGGCAGCAACGGUGAGCAGUCGCCUGUGCAGAACGACGCCAUUGGUCUUUCAUCAGACUCCGCGUCAGAGGAGCUCAGCUCGUAUACGUCGGAGUCCUUCGACGACAACGCCUCCAUCGUAACAGUCAUCCGUCUGGUCAAUGACACGGUGGACCACAUUGAAAGUGAAGUGUCUACCAUGGACAAGGAGCAGUGGCAGCACAGUCCUGCCUACCACUGGGACCCCUCAAGCCAGACUUCCAGCUGGUUCUCACCCAGCCGCCUGCGUCCACCCGAAGUAGGCUCGCACUACGACGUGAGCGACGCCCAGCAGAGCAUUCGGCGGGGAGGCAGCACCCGCUCCCUGCAGCUAGACUUCCCAGUCCAGAUUUCCAGCCGCGACAUACGGCGGGAUCAGGCGCCGGAGGCCGGACGGCGGGCCUUCCAGUGGGAGAAGAACCAGUCGGGCGAGUGGCAACGCAAGCGGUGGCUGGACGGGGAAGGACGGCAACGGAGCAGCGAGGAAUCGCCCGUCUACGAGGAAUACCGGGAGCCCAGACGAGACUCUGAACACGGCGAAGACUCUGAGGAUCUCUACGACACCUUGCCCCCGACCCGAGAAGCCUAUGACGGCUACCCGUCCAGCCACCCGGGGCUCAGUUUACACCCCGCCCAGCUGCUGCCCCCCUUACGGGCCUGGGCACCGGGAUCUCGGGAGGCCGGUGGAGCAAAUCUGGGCUCUGGUACCAUGACCAGUUCUGGAGACGAGCUGGAGAGACUGUUGAACCUGGUGUCACUGCGAGCCAGAAGGGCCACUAGGACCAACAGAACCUCCACUGGGUCGGAACCCGCGGCAGGUUGGGACGGAUUCAAAUGAUCGACAGGAAUCCUCUUACAUGUAGCACAUGUGGCACGCAACCUCCGAGACUCUUUCAGUGCCAUUGACGGUGAUAGGCACCUAAUCAUGUGACUCUUUUCAUCCUUAAUUGUGAAUUAAAUUUUGUUUAUCACUAGCAGAAGUCUAUCGCCGUCAAUGGGUUAAGACGAACGCCUUCUUUGUUUAAUCAUUUCAUUACUCGCCAAUUAUUUAUUUCAUAGGGGGGUCGUUUGGAGGCCGAGCAGCAGGCGCAUCAAAGCGGAAGAUAAUUAAAAGUAAGACACUUUCAAGAGCGAGCGCACACGCACAGACGCGCCGCCUUGGAUUUAACGCCUUGUUUUGUCACUGUGAAUAAA